UACCACAGGGACCGCUACCUGAUCCGUGUCAUUGGGGCAGUGUCCAUCACAAUGUCUUUUCUAUUUGACUGGAUUUACAGAGGUUUCAGCAACAUAUUACAAUUUUUAGGUUUGUAUAAAAAGUCUGGGAAGCUGGUUUUCUUGGGUUUGGAUAACGCCGGUAAAACUACACUUCUUCACAUGUUAAAAGACGACAGACUUGGUCAACAUGUGCCCACACUACACCCAACAUCAGAAGAGCUGACAAUUGGAGGCAUGACAUUUACUACAUUUGACCUAGGAGGACACGUGCAAGCUCGUCGAGUGUGGAAGAACUACCUCCCCGCGGUGAACGCUGUGGUGUUUAUGGUGGACUGUGCCGAUCACGACCGACUCAACGAAUCCAAAACUGAACUGGAUGCUCUUCUGUCAGACGAGAACAUCUCCAAUGUCCCAAUGCUGAUUUUGGGGAAUAAAAUCGACCGAGCGGAGGCUGUGAGCGAAGGAGCUCUGAGGGGGGCCUUCUGUCUGGACGGACAGCUCACUGGAAAGGGAAACGUGCCUCUGAAGGAUCUGAACAGCACGAGACCUCUGGAGAUCUUCAUGUGCAGCGUUCUGAAGAGGCAGGGCUACGGCGAGGGCUUCCGGUGGCUCUCGCAGUACAUCGACUGAGGAUAAAGCAAUUAAUGUAAAGCUGCACUGCGGAACUUUUCUACCACCUGCUUGUGUCCACGGAGAUGUCAUUGCCUCGCCUGGAAUGCCCCGCGGUACGGCAUUAAACUAUCUCAAGCAGCUGGUGCGUCCAGGCCAAGUUUCAAGUCAGAUCUGCGGAGAUGCAACGCCGCUGACAGUGAGAAUCCAGGUGUUUUAAAGUAUUUUUGCACAGUAAAAACACCAACAUGAAUGUGAGAUAUAUACUGUAUGUUUAAUGCCAUGCUAUGGGACAUUCCAGGCAAAAUAAUAGCAUCUCCAUGGAGACAGCAGGUGGCUAGAAAAGUUACACGCCGCAGCUUUAAAGGUGUAUUGUUUAAAAAGUAUGGCAUUAAACCUUUCUAUCUUUGUGGAGACGGUUACGACCCAACUCGCUGGGUCAGGGAAGUAACAAAAAAACAAGGUGGAAAAUGGUACAAAUUAAUGUAAAAAUAAUUAACAGGAAUGUAAAAGGUAAAUUAACAAACAUGCUAAAAAAUGUACAGAAAAUAACAUAAACUGA